AUGUUCAGCUUCGUGCGGGCAGCCUCGAAGCUGGCUGACACACACAGCGUAGACGCUGGUGUUCCCAAACAAAAGUUGAGGCUCAUGAAGAGUCCCCUUGUGGAGAUCGAGGAGAAGCAUUUGGCGGAGCCAAAUUUCAGCCAGUUUGGAGACCGGUAUAAAGACGAUGCUCCGGAGUUUCAGAGACAUGAGGAGGCGAACAUGCUCGAGGUCUUUUUCGACCUCUUCUUUGCGGCAAAUUACACAGUCUUUUCCAAGACGCAAUCUGUAACGAGCGGACAUAGAAUUGCAGCAUAUAUCGGCUAUUUCAGCGUGCUGUGGUUUACUUGGCUCACUGUCGCUCUUUACGAUGUUCGAUUCGUCACAGAUAGCAUAUUCGAACGAGUUGCGCGAGCAGUCCAUCUCGGCGUGAUGGUCGGCUUCGCUGUUGUCGCCCCAAACUUUAAGCCAGAAGAGCCGCACCAAGGGAGCUUGCAAACAAUGUCCUUGAUAUUAAUGUCGUCUCGCCUAUGUUUGGUAGCAGAAUACGCCAGCAUAUUAUGGCACGUUCGCAAGUUCCAAAAAGUCCGACUGGCCUUUUACGCACAAGUAUCGAUUCAUUUCAUCGCAGCGAUGGUAUAUCUCGGUAUCUCAUUCCGUUUAGAACAUCGGAGAAGCCACGUCUUCAUUACGUGGUACAUUGUUAGCGCGCUGGAAGCGGUGCUUUCUUUUGGGCUGGGGUUAUUCUUUAAUGUUCUUAGCUUCACGAGGACACACCUCAUGAGUCGGAUGAGUCUGUUGACCAUUAUUAUUCUGGGUGAUGGUAUUGUGGUGUUGGCAGAAAAGGUUGUGACCAUUGUCAAAUCGCCAGAUGCUUGGAAUCCCCUAAUCAUAGGAAUUGUCACCGCCGGCGUCGCAACAACCUACUUCGUCUUCCUCGUCUACUUCGACUGGAUGAAGACACGACACCUUCCCGCGCUGAGACAACAGAUCUGGACAAUCCUCCACUUCCCCUUCCACCUCGCCAUGGUCCUCUUCAUGCAAGGCUUCACGCAAUUCGUCAUCUGGUCUAAAAUCGUGGACGUAGUGAACCACCUCCGAAGUGACUGGAUAGUCAACGACCCCAAGGCCCUCACCCACGCCACCAGCGCAAUGGUACAAAAGAACAUAUCGGACGAAGUGGAAAAGUUCUUCAACGAGUAUGACCCGAAGUGGCAGACGCUGUACGAUACCACACAGACUGCUCUUGCGAAUAUUACGGACAUCCCGGACUCGUACUGGCCGCAACUAGCCAAGUUUCUCAACACUCUUGCCGAGAAAGACUACCCGGCUGAGAAUACGACUGACUUCUUGUCCAAUAUUUUGAGUACGCUUUUUUCGGCUAUGCAGAAUAGUCUGUUUACGACGUUUGAUAUCGACCUUGCGCAGGAGUUCUUUGACCAGGAUCAGAAUAAGAAUGUGAGCAUCGAUGUAGCUGGGGGUGGGUUUGAGAACAACGUCAACUAUGACACGUGGGAUAGGUACCAGCUUGUGUUCUCUUACGGUUACAUCGCCUCCGGAGCUUGUCUCGCGUUCAUGACCCUUCUCACAAUUGUAUCUCGGCUCACACCGUGGAAGCCGUGGCCGGUCAUUCGAACAGUCAUCAACGGCCUCUUGGCUGCUGGCGUUGCGCUUGUUGCCCUCCUGGCAGUGAAUGGAGAAAAGUUGUUCGAUUACCUUCUCAGUCCUUGGCUAUUGCCGACGAUUUGUCUCGUGUGGUUGGCAGUCUUGCUCCUGACGCACACGCAUUCAGCGCCGCCGUUGUUCUUCAAGCGGAGUGCGACGUUUCUCGUUGGACGGAGGACGGGGAAUUGCGAGUGCUGA